CAGUUGCAUCCCACUUUCACAAUGGGAAAGUGAGACGCUCAAGCGCACCCAAGCUCUCCAGCCCUCCCCGCCUGCCGCGCUCCCCUCCGCCCGUCCCCUCCCUUCCCCUCCGCGCCUCCCCGCGAGCGCAGGCGUUGCACAGAGGAACUCUUCGGCGAAGGAGGACGAGGAGGAAGCGGCGCCGGAGCGCGCAGGGCUUGCCGCCGCCGCCGCACAGGCUGCCGGAGCGAGCCCGCCGCGCGCCGCCCUGCCAGCUCUCCUUCCCCGGCGAGCCGCGGGGAUGGGGCGGCCGCGGGAGCCCGAGCGCGCGCAGGAGCCGCCGCCGCCGCCGCUGCCUGCGUCUCGGUUUCCGCGCGCUUGAACCGCCGCCGCCGCUGCCGCCGCCGCCGCCGUGCACCCUACCCCGGGGCGGCCCCCGCAGCCUCAUGGAGGUCUCUCGGAGGAAGGCACCGCCGCCGCCUCCGCGCCCCCCGCGCCCCGCCGCGCCGCUGCCCCUGCUCGCCUAUCUGCUGGCGCUGGCGGCGCCCGCCCCGGGCGCGGGCGAGCCCGUGUGGCGCUCGGAGCAAACCAUCGGAGCCAUCGCGGCGAGCCGGGCGGACGGCGUGUUCGUAGCGAGCGGCAGCUGCCUGGACCAGCUGGACUACAGCCUGCAGCACCAGCUCUCGCGUCUGUACCGGGACCAGGCGGGCAACUGCACGGAGCCCGUCUCGCUGGCGCCCCCCGCACGGCCCCGGCCCGGGAGCAGCUUCAGUAAGCUGCUGUUGCCCUACCGCGAGGGGGCAGCCGACCCCGGGGGGCUGCUGCUCACUGGCUGGACCUUCGACCGCGGCGCCUGCGAGGUGCGACCGCUGGGCAACCUGAGCCGCAGCUCGCUGCGCAACGGCACCGAGGUGGUAUCGUGCCACCCGCAAGGCUCGACGGCAGGCGUCGUCUACCGUGCCGGCCACAGGAACCGUUGGUACCUGGCCGUGGCUGCCACCUACGUCCUGCCGGAGCCCGAGACCGCGAGCCGCUGCAACCCCGCAGCGUCCGACCGCGACACGGCCAUCGCGCUCAAGGACACGGAGGGGCGCAGCCUGGCCACUGAGGAGCUGGGCCGCCUCAAGCUGCGCGAGGGCGCGGGCAGCCUGCACUUCGUGGACGCCUUCCUUUGGAACGGCAGCGUCUACUUCCCUUACUAUCCAUACAACUACACGAGCGGCGCGGCCACCGGCUGGCCCAGCAUGGCGCGCAUCGCGCAGAGCGCCGAGGUGCAGUUCCAGGGCCAGGCGGCACUGGACUGCGGCCACGGCCACCCCGACGGCCGCCGCCUGCUCCUCUCCUCCAGCCUGGUGGAGGCCCUGGACGUGUGGGCGGGCGUUUUCAGUGCGGCCACCGGAGAGGGCCAGGAGAGGCGCUCCCCCGCCACCACGGCGCUCUGCCUCUUCAGGAUGAGUGAGAUCCAGGCGCGCGCCAAGAGCUGCAGCUGGGACUUCCAGACCAGCGAGCACAACUGCAAAGAAGGAGAUCAACCGGAAAGAGUGCAGCCCAUCGCCUCGGCCACCCUGAUUCACUCCGACCUCACCUCCGUGUACGGCACCGUGGUGAUGAACAGGACAGUGGUGUUCCUGGGAACCGGAGAUGGCCAGUUACUUAAGGUUGUUCUUGGUGAUAAUUUGACUUCAAAUUGUCCUGAGGUUAUCUAUGAAAUUAAAGAAGAAACUCCUGUUUUCUACAAGCUGGUUCCUGAUCCUGUGAAGAACAUGUACAUCUAUCUAACAGCCGGCAAAGAGGUGAGGAGAAUUCCUGUUGCAAACUGCAGCAAACGAAAAUCCUGCUCGGAGUGCUUAGCGGGAGGAGACCCUCACUGCGGCUGGUGUCUCUCACUGCAAAGGUGCACUUUUCAAGAAGAUUGUGUACAUUCAGAGAAUUUGCAGAACUGGCUGGAUGUUUCAUCUGGCGGCAGAAAGUGUCCUAAAGUUCAGAUAAUUCGAAGCAUCAAAGAUAAGAGCACAGUGACCAUGGUGGGAAGCCUGGCUCCCAGACACUCGCAGUGCGUGGUGAGGAAUGUGGACAGCGGCAAGGAGCUGUGCCGCGGGAGGAGUCCGCCCAACCGGACCUGCACCUGCAGCAUCCCUGUGAGGCCAGCUCUCAGAGAUGUUCUGGCUGUCAGCGUGACGUUCUCCUUCGGUUCCUGGGAUUUGUCAGAAAGAUUCAACUUUACCACCUGCUUGUCCUUGAGAGAAUGCCUAGGAUGCAUUGCAACUGGCUGCACGUGGUGUAAAAGUGAGAGAAAGUGUAUCCACCCCCUCACAGCGUGUGACCCUUCGGAUUACGAGAGGAACCAGGAGCUCUGUCAAGCUGCUGUUGAGAAAUCACCCAAGACGCUGGGAGGAGGAAACUUCAAGACUAACAGCACCAGCCAAGGCUUUCAGAUCUUCUACAUCAAAUCCAUCGAGCCACACAAGAUCUCAACCUUGGGGAAAAGCAAUGUGAUAGUCACGGGAGCAAAUUUUACCCGGGCGGCCAACAUCACCAUGGUCCUGCGAGGAACCAGCACCUGUGAGAAGGAUGUGAUACGGGUUAGCCAUGUGCUAAAUGACACCCAUAUGAAGUUCUCGCUCCCGUCAAGCCGGAAGGAAAUGAAGGAUGUGUGCAUCCAGUUCGAUGGUGGGAAUUGCGCUUCCGUGGGACCCCUGUCCUAUAUUGCCCUUCCACACUGUUCCCAUAUAUCUCCUGCUACCACCUGGAUCAGUGGUGGUCAGAAUAUCACCAUCAUGGGCCGAAAUUUUGACGUCAUUGACAACUUAAUCAUUUCUCACGAGUCAAGAGGAAACAUAAAUGUCUCUGAGCAUUGCGUGACGACUUCCUGCAGGUUUCUAGCCCCCAGUUUAAAGAGUUUGAAAGUGCGCAUGAACGUGACUGUGAAGCUGAGGGUGCAGGACACCUACCUGGACUGUGGGACUUUGCAGUACCUCGAGGACCCCAGAUUCACAGGGUACCGGGUGGAUUCUGAGGUAGACACAGAAUUGGCCGUCAAAAUCCAGAAAGAGAAUGACAACUUCAACAUUUCUAAGACAGACAUCGAAAUCACCCUCUUCUAUGGGGAAAAUGGGCAAUUAAAUUGUAGUUUUGAGAACAUUACGAGAAACCAGGAUCUCACCACCAUUCUUUGUAAAGUGAAAGACAUCACUGCUGCCAACAGCAUCGCCACCUCCUCCAAGAAAGUUCGUGUUAGACUGGGAAACCUGGAGCUGUUCGUGGAGCAGGAGUCGGUUCCCUCCACGUGGUACUUUCUCAUCGUGCUUCCCGUCCUGCUGGUGAUUGUCAUUUUUGCGGCUGUCGGAGUGACCAGGCACAAAUCUCAGGAACUGAGUCGCAAGCAGAGCCAACAGCUGGAACUGCUGGAAAGCGAGCUUCGCAAAGAGAUCCGUGAUGGCUUUGCUGAGCUGCAGAUGGAUAAAUUGGAUGUGGUUGAUAGUUUUGGAACCGUUCCCUUCCUUGACUACAAACAUUUUGCUCUGAGGACUUUCUUCCCGGAGUCAGGUGGCUUCACACACAUCUUCACCGAAGAUAUGCAUAACAGAGACGCCAAUGACAAGAAUGAAAGCCUCACAGCACUGGAUGCUCUCAUCUGCAAUAAGAGUUUCCUUGUUACGGUGAUCCAUACCCUUGAAAAGCAGAAGAACUUCUCAGUGAAGGACAGGUGUCUAUUUGCAUCCUUCUUAACCAUCGCCCUGCAAACCAAGCUUGUGUACCUGACAAGCAUCCUGGAGGUGCUAACCAGGGAUUUGAUGGAACAGUCCAGUAACAUGCAGCCCAAACUGAUGCUCAGGCGCACAGAGUCCGUGGUCGAAAAACUCCUCACCAACUGGAUGUCCGUCUGCCUGUCUGGCUUUCUCCGGGAGACGGUGGGAGAGCCCUUCUAUUUGCUGGUGACGACCCUGAACCAGAAGAUAAACAAGGGGCCGGUGGAUGUCAUCACGUGCAAAGCCCUGUACACUCUCAACGAGGACUGGCUGCUGUGGCAGGUGCCGGAAUUCAGCACCGUGGCCCUCAAUGUCAUCUUUGAAAAAAUCCCAGACAACGAGAGCGCGGAUGUCUGUCGGAACAUUGCAGUCAACGUGCUGGACUGUGACACCAUUGGGCAAGCCAAAGAGAAGAUCUUCCAAGCCUUCCUGAGCAAGAAUGGCUCUCCCUACGGGCUUCAGCUCAACGAAAUCGGGCUUGAGCUUCAGGUGGGCACACGGCAGAAGGAACUCCUGGACAUCGACGGCUCCUCCGUCAUUCUGGAGGAUGGGAUAACCAAGCUGAACACCAUUGGCCACUAUGAGAUAUCAAAUGGAUCCACUAUAAAAGUCUUCAAGAAGAUAGCAAAUUUUACUUCAGAUGUGGAGUACUCGGAUGACCACUGCCACUUGAUUUUACCAGAUUCAGAAGCAUUCCAAGAUGUGCAAGGAAAGAGACAUCGAGGGAAGCACAAGUUCAAAGUAAAAGAGAUGUAUCUGACCAAGCUGCUGUCGACCAAGGUGGCGAUUCACUCCGUGCUGGAGAAGCUCUUCAGAAGCAUUUGGAGUUUACCCAACAGCAGAGCCCCAUUUGCUAUAAAAUACUUCUUUGACUUUCUGGAUGCCCAGGCUGAAAAUAAAAAAAUCACAGAUCCUGAUGUUGUACACAUUUGGAAAACCAACAGCCUUCCUCUUCGCUUCUGGGUAAACAUUUUGAAGAACCCUCAGUUUGUCUUUGACAUUAAGAAGACCCCACACAUAGACGGCUGUUUGUCAGUAAUUGCACAGGCAUUCAUGGACGCCUUCUCCCUCACAGAGCAGCAGCUGGGGAAGGAAGCACCAACUAAUAAACUUCUCUAUGCCAAGGAUAUCCCAACCUACAAAGAGGAAGUAAAAUCAUAUUACAAAGCAAUCAGGGAUUUGCCUCCAUUAUCAUCACUAGAAAUGGAAGAAUUCUUAACUCAGGAAUCUAAGAAACAUGAAAAUGAAUUUAAUGAAGAAGUGGCCUUGACAGAAAUAUACAAAUACAUCGUAAAAUAUUUUGAUGAGAUUCUAAAUAAACUAGAAAGAGAACGAGGGCUGGAAGAAGCACAGAAACAACUCUUGCAUGUCAAAGUCUUAUUUGAUGAAAAGAAGAAGUGCAAGUGGAUGUGAGCGCUCUGGGGCCUGGCUCAAUCUGGCACAGCUCUUCAGACAGCUUGGGAACGAAGUGGCUGCUUGAGCUACUCUUUGUCGUUACUGUUUUGUUUGCACAUAGGUUCCACUUGGAGCACCGUCUUUUUAAGAGACCAAGGCACAUGCACAGCUUUUAGAAAGCAGACCAACCGUGGUGCCUGUGUGUAUACCGUGGGAGACCUUCUGUAAAUAGAGUGGUUGUUGCAAACAGCCUCCUUGUUUACAGAGAAAACAGGGCCAGUAAGCAAGUGUCAGUAUUGUAACUACAGUCUCCUCUUAAGCACAAUGACACAAGUGGUUUAGAUGGUAAUAAGCUCCAGCUCUGUAGCACCCGUAAUUCCACUGCACCUCUGCCAGUGCUCAAAGCAGAAUGUGAAAUGAGUCAUGUGGAAACAAGAUGGGGGUGUUAGGGCAACCUCAAGGAUGUGCAGCAUCGAAACUUUCCCCAGUAGUUCUUGGAAAAGCUGACCACAGAAUUUGGUAGUGUGUACACUUAGCAUUUGUGAGUGUGUGUGUUUAAACCAAAAACUAACAGUGUUGCAACAUUGUUGAAAGGGCUCGUGUUUUUCAGUGGUCACCUACUGCACUCCAUCAAACUCACCUCCAUUUCCCCAAGGGGCUCUAAAGCAAGGAGAGGGAGGGAGCUUUAUCUCAGUGCAACAGCGUUAUACCAGAUACUGUGUCCUAACGUACGGUUUUUUCCUAUUUUUAAAUACUUAAUGUAUUUGAUGGUGGACAUGUUGAGUAUUGUAAAAGAAAAAAGUUGAUUUCUGUUUGAAAAUCUUUGAUUAGAACUACCCGUGGAAGCUGUGUCUCCUUGCUUUAGAUUUCUGGUGAACCCUGUGGUUAUAAAUACUGUGUGUGAUUGAAGAAAAAAGUACAUUUUACAUUUUAUCAAAUUGCUGUUCACACUGGAGUAUUAUAUAUAAAUAUAUAUAUUUGAGGCCCAAGGCCUGGAAAAUAUUAGUAUACAACUUGGUAUCUUAGUCUUACUAUGUACUUUUGGAAACUAUUCUUUGAAGAAAGAAUUUAAAAUACACAUUCUAUUCAUACCUUUCUUUUUAAAGAAUUCCUUAUCGAGUUAUACUGUAGUCUUUUCAUUGCUGGUUUUUUAUUCCUGAAUUUUUGCUGCUCAUGACCAAUUUAAAUACCACUGUGUUUUCCUUCGAUUAAAUCCGAAGACCUACAAAGCAUAAUUGGCAACUCUCAAGCUUUUCUUGCAGCAGGCACCUUUUCAUCCCUGGUGCUCCAAAUCCUUGAUUGGGAAAGAAACUUUUUCAAGUAGCAAAUAAAAUAUCACACAUUCCUUAAAAUCAUUUACCAACACUGUACGGAACACCAGGAUUUCAAUGUCACUUUGUUUCAGAUAACUGCAG